AACUGAGGCACGGUGCUGACAAGAUGGCGGUCGUGCCGCCAAAAUGGCCGCCGGGUCCGCAAAAUGGCCGCCGGGACCUCAAAAUGGCGGCCCUUCUGGGUGGGGCGUGUGGUGGGGGGGAUAUAUCCCGGCAUGCUCUGCGGUGGCGGGGGGGGGGGGAUGCUUCCCAUCAUGCUUCGCGGCGGAGCGGGAUGCCGGUUGCUAAGGGCGGAGGGUUGAUGCGGAGGGGGCGGAGCUUGGUUGCUGGGGCGAGCGAAGACGAGGUAGCGAUUGGUUGAGCGGUUGCUAGGGGGCGGGGUUAACACCCACCGGGCCCGGCAGUAGUAGUGGCGGUGGCGGCGGCGGGGCCGGGCCGGGCCGGGCCCGGCGGGCGAAGGCAACGGCGGGGCCUGGCCCGGCGGGCAACGAGGAACGGCCAUGGAAUUUCCCUUCGACCUGGCCGCCGUGUUGGGCGACCGUUUCUGCGUAGUGGACCAGCACUUGCGACCCGCUGGGCGCCGUGGGCCCACCCACCGGGGGGACCUGGAGCAGCAGCUGAGGACGGUCAUCGACGAGCUGGGCAAGGCCUCGGCCAAGGCCCAGGGCCUCCCGGCCCCCGUCACCAGCGCCGCGCGCAUGGAGGCCAACCGCCACGUCCUCUACAUCCUGCGCGAUGCCGACGGCCGAGGGACCCCCAAAGGCGCCGUCAUCGGCUUCCUCAAGGUGGGCUACAAGAAGCUCUUCCUUCUGGACCAUAAUGGUGCCCAUAACGAAGCAGAGCCGCUUUGCGUCCUGGAUUUUUACAUCCAUGAGUCGUUACAACGACAUGGUUAUGGGCGGGAGCUUUUCCAGCACAUGCUGCAGAGCGAGAGGGUGGAACCCUGGCGUUUGGCCGUCGACCGACCCUCUGAGAAGCUCCUGGCUUUUCUCCGCAAACACUACGGCCUCGCCGACGCCAUCCCGCAGGUGAACAACUUCGUCAUCUUUGAGGGUUUCUUCUCCAACCGACCGGCCCCACCCCGCCGCCCGCCCCCCAAGCGCACCGAGGAGGAGAUCAAGCCUUAUUCGCUAUCGGAGCGCGACUUCUUACGAGAAGAGACGGAGCCUCCUUGGCCGUUCAACUUGACCUCGGGGCGGGCGGGGGGCUCGCCGGUGCGCGGCAGCCUCCGACCGUUCCUGCUGCGGCGGGAGACGCCGGAUGGACAGACGGACCCCCGGCCGCCGGACGGACGGACGGACGCCCCCCAGCACCGCCGCGCUAGCUCCCUUGGGCGCGCCGGCCGAUGAGCCCCACGGCAGCUCUCCCCGCGGCGGGGCCGUGGGGGGCUCAGCGCCUGCUGGGUGUAGGGAUGUGGGGUGCCAGUUCCUGCCCCACAGCCCCCCUGGGUGCCAGUUCCUGCCCCAUAGCCCCUAUGGGUGCCUGUCCCCACAGCCCCACUGGGUGCCAGUUCCUGCCCCAUAGCCCCUAUGGGUGCCCGUCCCUGCCCCAUAGUCCCAGUGGGUGCUAGUUCCUGCCCCACAGCUCCCGUGGGUGCCUGUCCCUGCCCCACGGGUGCCCCCUUCCUGCCCCACAGCUCCCGUGGGUGCCUGUCCCUGCCCCACGGGUGCCCCCUUCCUGCCCCACAGCUCCCGUGGGUGUCUGUUCCUGCCCCGUGGGUGCCCCCCUUCCUGCCCCAUAGCUCCCGUGGGUGCCUGUCCCUGCCCCGUGGGUGCCCCCUUCCUGCCCCAUAGCUCCCAGGGGGUGCCUGUCCCUGCCCCAUAGGUGCCUGUCCCCACUCCACAGCCCCUCUGAGUGCCCAUCCCUGCCCCACAGCCUCACUGGGGGGGGGGCCCAAUUCCUGCCCCAUAGCCACCAUGGGUGCCUGUUCCUACCCCAUGGGUGCCUGCCCCUGCCCCACAGACCCAGUGGGUGCUAGUUCCUGCCCCAUAGCCCCCAUGGGUGCCCCUCCUCACCCCGGGGGUGCCUGUCCCAACCCCACAACCCCACGGGGGGGGUCCCAGUUCCUGCCCCAUAGCCCCCAUGGGUGCCUGUCCGUCCCCCCCCCCCACUCCAGCCCCAGUGGGUGCCCGUCCCCACCCCACAAGUGCUCAUCCCUGCCCCACAGCCCCCAUAGGUGCUCAUCCUCCCCCCCCCCACGGCCCCUGUGGGUGCAUGUCCCUGCCCCAUGGGUCCUCGUGUCCCCCCCCCCACAGCCCCCGUGGGUGUCCCUCCCCACCCCACGGCCGCGGGGUGGGGGGGGGGGUGCCCUUCCCCUCCACUUUUUGGUUACAUUUCAAUAAAAAUGGUGACUCUCA